AUGGGAAAAUCCCAACGUAAGAAUGCUGCGACGUUGGAUAACGACGACACUGAUAGUGUGAGUUCCUCGUCGACUGUCCGGUCGGACCAUAUGCUGGUGUCUGGUGGUGAGGAAGUUCAGCUUGAUAAAGAGAGUAUACUUGAUCAAUGUUUGGAUGCUUUAUAUGAGAAGAGGUACUUAAUUAAUGUUUAA